CCGCGAUACUUUCCCCGUAAACGGAGAUCUCGUCUUGGUCGGGACGUGGUGCGAACGUGUUCGUUUACGCGACGUUUCCUUCGAGUUCCGUUGCAUUCGCACGACGCCUCUGUACAUUCUCGGCGAAUUUGCGCACCGUCGAUUUAUGCGCCACAGCAAAAGUAAUGUCCUACUUGGGUUUUUACGUCGCGGGGUCUCUCGGUCGUGUCGGAUCGUUCAGCAAGGAGAGAUCGGCUUGAUUUACGCGUUUUCUUUCGUUUCACUGCUUUUUCUCAUAACAUUCGGGAUGCAAACGGCAACGGAAUAAUAAAUCGAGCGAAUCUCCGCGGAGAGCUCAGGAUCGACCAUUCGCCACCGACUGCUAUUUACAGGCUAGAGAAUUCGGAAGUGACAUUCCUUUCGCGAUUCCUGUGACGCACCGGGACGUGACACGAAUGCCUACCGUGGAGAUUAUGGCAGCUAGUGCACUUGAAGAAAAAAUUAACAAGAUAAAGCAACAAAAUGAAGAGAUUAGAAGAAGAUAUGAGGAAGUAGAGGAAGAUAAGAAAAAUGCAGCUAAAUUGAAUGCGUUGGUACAAAUGGUACCAUCUACAGAUUGGCCAGAAAGGAAGGAACCACCAGAAUUUUCUAAUCCACCUCGAGCAAAUAAUAAACCAAAACCUGCCAAGGAACACCAUGAACAUCCUCAGCAAUAUCACGCAGCGAGUGGAGAAGGAAGAAAAGUUCAUACUUUUGCUCAGGGGCAAGGACCUCCACCUGAUCCUAAAUAUAAUUUCCUCGCUGAUUCUGAGAGAGAGGAAGGCAAUAUAGAGAAUAUAAAGGAUAAUCCCACGAAUAGAGGGCAGAAACAUUCAAGAGGCAUGUUCAAGAGGAAACUUGGAGGAAAGGAUGGUAUGCAAAGAGACUAUAGAAUGAACAGAGGGUCGCACAGAGAUGAGUAUCAGCCGGAGUAUGAGGCCUGGAGAGCAGAAAGAAAUCGUAUCGACGAGGAUCGUAUCAGUAGGCAGAGAACAGCAGAAGGCAAUUGGCGUAGAGAAUGGGAUAACGAUAAAGCGCACAUCGUGAACGAGGCGACUAGAUCUGAGGCAAAAUUAGGAGAUUACGUGAAAAAGGAUCAUAAAGAUUAUGAUAGAAGAUAUCACGUUAAUGGAAAUGAUUAUGUGCACCAUAAUCGAAGUGGUAAUCAUCGUUCUUAUCGCGGGAAUUCGAAGUAUUUUCAUAGCAAUUAUGAAAAUCGCUCCAAUAACGCGUAUCAUCAGGAUGGACACGCAAAACAUCCUUUGUCACCCGGUUCCGAAGGUAGAACCGUUGUCGCUACCGACAAAGGUAUCAAAGUCACUCUGAAUCAAGGGAACAUGGCAAAAGGCCCAGUGACAAGUGUCAAAGUGAACUCUCCGAGUAUUGCAGGAACAGGUAGAGUAGGGCCGCGGCAAAGAAGUCGUGUUACUUAUAGCAGUCACUCCGACGUUGAAAUAACUUCCGGUGAAACCGACUCUUUUUCACGGCCGAAGUCUUUCGAGGACAAGACCAAAGGUAUUUAUCACGAUAAUCUCCAAAGAUCCCCUAAUGCGCGGAAAACGCAACCUCUGCAGAGGAAAAAGGAGCUUGGCAAUAAGUCACCUUACUUCCGCAAGAAAGAGAUCGGGAGGGAAGAUACUAACGAAAAUACGCAGAAACAGCACGAAGUGGAAUUAAGGCCAUCGUAUGCACGGGUAGAAUAUAAAGACCCACUAGAGUUAGAGGCCAAAUCUGAGAAGCUCGAAGAGAACGUAGAACCACUGCAAAAUGAUCACGCAGGCGCAAAAGAAAGCGAUGUAAUUGCUUGCAGUGAACCUGACGCGAAGGCAACAGAAUUAAACAGUUGUGACAGUCAGAACGAUGAUUCAAGCACACAAAUGAGUAUCGGUGAAAUUCACGCAGAGAUCGAAAGCGACUCGACUUUGACGAACUUGGCACCUGUAUCCCAAAUUAAAACGGAAAUCGAAGUUUUUGCAGUUGAUACGGCGCAAAAAGAAUCGAAUGAAACAGAGAUUCAAGCAGCUGCUUUGUCCGAAUGUAAAACAAUUGAAACGGAUUCAACAGCAGCAAUGAAAGAUACAGAUUAUAAUGAUAAGAAUGAAACGAAGUUUACGGUAGACACGCCGUGUGAUAUUAACAAUGAUACUGAGGAAACUGUAGAGAAAAAUAAAGAACAGAAUUUGUCAACGGAGCAAACUGAAGAAAUCGAUAACUGUGAUAAUGAGCGAAAUGAGAAUGCAGACCAGCAAGAGAACGACGUUGAUCGUGAUACGAAGGAUUCUCCGGACGAAAAAGAAGCAGAUAAUGCGGUAAGCUCAUCUCCAACUGAUGAGUGUCUCGUAAUGGGGGAAAUUACAGAAAUUUCCGUGAUGGAAGAAAAACCGAAAAACAACGAUGAAGCUUUAAAAAAGGAGGAAAUUACAGCAGCUGAUAAAAUCGCUGUUACGGACAAAAAGAUUAACACCGACGACAAGCAAGAUACAGUAACAUGUAUCAAUGAAACUCAGGAACGCAUAGUCGUUAAUAACGAGGAAAAAAAGAGCGACACCACAAAUGACAUUGUGGUCGACAAAGUGGAGUCUUCAGAAGACGAUCUGCAGGCAGAAAAAGAGAAGGUAAUUUCUAACCAAGUGGUUGAAACUGAGAAAUAAUAAAAGAGAGAGAUAUAAGGUAAAAAACGAAAAAGAAAAUAUAUGUACGUAUAAAAUGUUACGGACGUAACUACAAGUUACCGAUAACGUGAUAAGAGACGAAGCUUUUAUAAUUAUAAUUGUUGAAACGUGAUAUCUCAAAAGUCAAUUUUUAUGGCAAUAUACGAGUUGAAUAUGGAGUUAUUCGAAUAGUAGUUUUCGGGAGAAAACGAGUUUUUACUCUCGAGAUAAGACACCCGGGUAUCGCGUGGACGUCGCCAUCAGUUCCGCCAAGCUUAUAACUCACCGCGCAUUGCGAUUUUAUUUUUAUUUCAGAAUUUUAUACUCUGUUGCACAACUAUUCCGUUUAAUUUUAUUUCCGAUUCUCAUUGAAUUGCUACUGAGAAUCAGAUUAAUAUAACGUUUUAUAUAUCAUAGAUACAUACUUCUACGUUAACAGAGUAAUGUAAUGUUCUUUUAGUCAUUGAAGUGCAAUGACUAUCAUUCUAUAUUUCCGAAUUUUUAUAUGAAACGUAACGUGGUAGAAAACCGAUCUUUGUGCGUGACAAUCAAGAAGUAUUUUUUUUUAUAAUUUGCUUGAGGAAUCAACGGGAUGUUUAAGAUUAACAAAAAUGUUAGACUUGUCAAAUACGACUAAACAUUUAACGAUCUAUGAUGAUUAUUUAUAUACAUACUUAUAUAUGUAUUAUAUAUAUAUAUAUAUAUAUAUAUAUAUAUAUAUAUAUAUAUAUAUAUAUAUAUAAAAUACACAUAUAAGUAUAUAUAUGUGUAUAAUAUAUCCGAGUAAAGGUAACUUCUGCCGAUUGGAAAUGUUGUUCAACUUCAUAGUUUAUACAUAUUUAUUUCUAUUUUAUUGCUUAAUAAUAUUUAUAUUUUUAUUUUUUUCGUUGCUUUUACGAUUCGUUGGAGAUUAUGAUUACAAAAUCUUCAAAAGCCCAUGCGAUUCGAAUUGAACUCUAAAUUGUUCCAUCUUUUUGAGAGAACGAAAUUGUGUAGAAUACGGAUACAUAUUCGAUUAUUAAUUUUUUUAUCAUUCAUAUAUAUCAUAUUAGAGAAAUAAACGAGUAGCCGAAGCUGGUCGUUAAGAACGACAGUAGUGUAUAGACAAGCUCUCUGAGAAGAAAAGUUUCUUCUCUGAGAGUUGAGCCUGUUACUCUUUACUUUUUUUAAUCAUUUAAGAGGAAAGGCGUGACGUUGCCAUAAUCAGUACUGAGAAAUUUCGAGUUUCCAUAAUUUUUGUUAUUUUCAGCCAUCAAGCCUUUUGCAUUUCUAAGGUUAUUUUAAUGUGAGCAAAGUGGCAAUAAAGCAUUGUUAAUGAAUCGAA